UCUGUCUCGGAGAGUGGCACGGCUGAGGCGUAACAUUUUUGAAAGGUUGUCUUCAGCACAUAGUAAGCGGGGAUGAGUUAAGUAGGUUUAAAGGAACAACGCGGUUUCCAAAGUGGAGAAUAACAGAACAGAUACGUUUUGUUUUCGAAGGAACCAUUGGAGUACACUGUGACCGGCAAAGAACCAUUCAACUCCGACCUCCGAUGCAAAGGCUCCAUGGCAUAAAGCCUGUCCUCACAUUCAGCUGGUCCCUGGGGAGAGCUGCCGAGGAACUCACUACUCUGACGCCCCGCUGCCAUUUUCCACAGCCUGAGGGGAAUCAGGAAGCAGCCAGCAGGAGCCAUGCCUGCCCUGGCCACCGGAGCCGGCCACGAGCCAGGUCUGUACGAGCUGCUUGCUGCUCUGCCCUCUCAGCUGCAGCCCCAUGUCAGCCGUCCUGAGGACAACGCCUUCCUCCAGGACAUGUUUGGGGAGCGCAGCCUGCACUCGCUGAUCAAGAUCCACGAGCAGCUGCAGCUCUACGAAGAGAGCAAACCCGUCCCAGUUCUGGACAGCGCUGCUGCUCUGGCCCAUGAAUUGUCCAAGGAGUUGGAAGGGAAAUCAGCCAAUGGAGAAAUCAAAGAGCUUCUCCAACUGCUGGCCAAACCCCACGUGAAGGUGAGCCCUGCAGGUGUCUCAGCCAGACAGAGCUGCAUUCGAGACGGGCGGAUUAAGAAGGAGAACUGGACGGCGUUCCUUCUUUAA